GUCACCUGUUCCCAUCUCCCAGUUCCCAGUUCCCAGUCAGCAGAUCGUAGACGUGCUUGCAGAAAGCCGAUGCGUGCAUAUGGGACCCAGCGCUUGGGUUCCACGUCCCACCCAGCCCAGCCAGCCAGCCCAGCUGUGUGUGCUCCAUCCGAUCGCCCUUUGUGUGUGUGUGCGAGUGUGUUGCGAGUACAUACAUUGUGCUGCUGUCGGCCGGUCGUCGCUUGUUCUCGUUUUUAUUAGGGGGCAAUGACCAACAGGGCGAUAUCCUUUCUACAUGUAGAAAACGUUUGCCCAUCCUGCCCUGCCCUUUUCCAAUCCCACUCUGAUCAUCCCCUUUCACCAAUCCCAAAACGAGGGCCAGAGACCCCCACCACCCACUUCGUCGCCGCUGCCUCCUCGUGGGGUGUUUUUUCGCAUCUUUCGAUACCAGUCGCCUCGACCCGUCUCGUCACCCUGCCUGCCUUGUCUGCCUUGCCUGCCUGCCUGCCUCCCUUCCACCCCCUUCUGCUGCAUCCGCCAUCCACCAGGCCAAGGGUCCCAGUCCACUCACGGGGCGCGCUACGCUACAGCAGUUAUCGUCGUCUCUGAUACCGGCCACUUAUAGCAGCCGCAAACGACUCAUUCCCACUUCUGCCCGGUGUUACUACGCCCAUUUACAUUUUUUUCGCCUCACCAGUACCCACUCCGCUUCCAUGAUCUGCAUUGGGUUCCUGGAUUAAAAACACCCGACCCUGCCUGGCAGUCCCUGGCCUUUCCUGACCCUUCCUGCCCCUCGGGCUAUUGCACUGCGAUUCUCAUGCACAGAGCACCCACGGCUUGAGAAUGCCCUCAUUUAAUCCCAUCGCCAACGUCACUGGGCGUAAUGCCUAUACGCUUUUCGAAAUCAGGCUCGACAAUGACUUUUUGGUCUUUCGAGGCAAUGACCAUGAGUCCUCAGGCCAACUACUGAAGGGCACCGUCGUGCUGUGUCUCCCACAAGCCCUCAAGGUCGACGACGUGCACCUGCGACUAGUCGGUACGGAGAGGUUGAACUGGACGGACGCACGGGUCACGCCAACGGGAAUCUCAAAUCAGAAGGUCGAUCGUACCAACAUCUUCUACCAGCACAGAUGGAACCCUUUUGUUGGCGGCAACUCGGGGAAGAGCACCCUGCUCGAGAAAGGGAAUUACGAAUGGCCCUUUGAGCUUAUGUUGCCAGGAGACUUUUGCGAAUCCAUCGAGGGGAUGCCCGAGGCCAGCAUCACCUACCACCUGAAAGCGACCGUUGCGCGCGGCAAACUCGCCUACGACCUGCACGCAAAAAAGAGGGUCAGGAUUAUCCGCACACUCGAGUCCUCCGCCCUGGAGUUCCUACACGCCAUGAGCGUCGAAAACAUCUGGCCAAACAAGGUCGAGUACAGCGUGGUGAUCCCGACCAAGGCCAUCGUAUUUGGAAGCUCCAUCCCGCUCGAAACCAGGUUCACGCCGCUGCUGAAAGGCUUGGAGAUCGGGGAUAUCAACUGCAGGUUGAUGGAGGUCCACGAGAUAAUGGUGACGACAGCGGCAGGCCACAGCAUACGGGAGCACAAGAGGGAACGCGAGGUCGCACACUGGACGCUCACGGUAAAUCGAGAUGAGCAUUGGAAUGACAUGAUAGAGGAUUCGGGCCAGGAGGGCUGGGUCCUCAACGCAAAUCUCGAUCUCCCGAGGAAGUUGGGCAAGUGCAUGCAAGACACCAAUGUGCACGGCAUCAAGAUAAGACACAAACUGAAGAUGGUGGUUGCGCUGCACAACCCAGACGGCCACGUCUCAGAGCUGCGUGCAACUCUCCCCGUGACGAUAUUCAUAUCGCCCAACAUGCCUCUGGAUGAUGAGGGCAAUCUUGUGCGACAGUCACCGACCGAGACCAACCCAGCACAGCGCAUGCACGGCAUUGCGCCGCCGGGCUACGGCGAGCACGUCCUUGAUCAGCUUUACGACGAGGUCGAUAUGAACGGCCUGCAGAGCGGGUUUCAGACACCAGCGAUCCAAUCUGGCGUCAACACACCAUUCUACGCCCUGUCCCGGGCUGGCUCGGCCGAGAAUCUGCACCAGAUGGCAGGAAUGGCAGUACCUCCCGCAGCGCUUAGCUCGCGGCUACAGGAUGUGUCUCUCAAUGCCUCAAAUAGGAGUCAAUCGUAUCACAGCCUCAGCGGCGCGACAACAGGUGGCGCGACGACGCCACACUCGCAGCCGCCACCGGCUGACAGCACCCACAACUCACCUCCGCCCUCGGCGCCGCUUUCCAGGUCAAAUAGUGGCGAGGACCAGUCCGGCAUAAACACACCGGAACACAUCGAGAUGGAGAGCCUCAGCAAGGUGCCCAGCUACACCACGGCGAUCAAGACGCCUGCGCGACCCCUCAGCACUGGGGAGGGCCUGAGCCUACCCGAUUACGACUCAGUGGUGAGCGCGCCGACGACACCGACGACACACAACAGCACGCAGGCAGCAAAUCCCCUGGACUCAAUCCCCGAGGCGGCAACCACCGAGAACAACCAGCCACCGCCGCGGCCUCGCCCUUCCAGGAGGCAGACCUCCCUGGGGUUCAGCAACCUGCUUCACCAUCACCACUUCGGGGUCGAAGAUGACGUCCGUCGGAGGCUGCACCUGCUGCAGGCUCGAGCCCAGCCCUACUAGAGGGAGGGACUGGCGCGAGUUCGUCGUCCGCCCAAGCAGUGGCCGUGGUUUCCAGGCGGACCCUCAAGACCUACUUAGCAGAAGCCUUCUUUUUUUGAGGAAUGGUCGAAACAUUGUUUUUGUGUGGAUUUAGACAGCAUUGGUACAAAGGAUACAAGCACGAUCAUGAGGGUAUUAAUAAGGGAUCAUCAUAAGGGUGCAUGCAUCAGGCAUUAUAGACAGUGGCCGCAAAGGACGGAGUUUUGGACAUAGGGACCGUUUAUACCCCAAAUAGCCUUGCUUUGGUAAAUGGACAAUAGAUUCCAAGCAUUAAUAACAGGGACUGUAGUGAUA